AAGAACCCAACAGCCAACAGACGGAGAAAUAGAACGUCUCAGACACUCCUUUAUACGAUGUUAGAUACUCCAAGACCGAGAUCUACGGCACUGCAACCACCAAAACUCGGUACUCUCAACCAGAGGUCGAAUACUACGAUCGGGAGAUCACGUACGCUUACCAAGAAUGAGAGAGCACCUCCAGUUACACCACUAGUCAAGCCAGGUGGCCCAUCUAUUGAGAUGAAUAAAGGCCCUUGGCACUAUACAGCACUCGUUUUGACUUUCUUCGUACCAGAACCACUAUUGAAGCUUUUCGUAGACACCCCAGCUAAGAGACAAGCCUGGCGUGAGAAGGUUUCACUUUGUCUGAUAUGCGCAUUCUUAGCUGGUAUCGUCGGUUUCAUCUGUAUGGGUGUCGAUAGAGUCCUCUGUCCAUCCUCCCAAGGUACUAUGGAUACUCAGUUCGAGCGUGUUGGUAUGAAAUCUGGUACCGUUUCUAUUGCUGGCAAGAAUUACGUUACCAAUCAAGCAGAUGCAUCAGAUGUCGAUUUUAAAGCCCUUGGUGAGGGCUCUCCUGGUAUUGACCUCACUAAUUACUUCCGUCGUCCUUCCCCUGAUAAAUGCAGCAAUAUUGAAUCUGCAUAUGCCACGGUUGACACAUGCGCCAAAGGUGCCGAUUGUAAAUACGACGCACCUACUGAUUCUGUCAUCUCUAGUCUCGGUUUGUCAGACGAUCACACACUCGCUGGUUACUCAUGGUCGAACGCAACUGCAAGGCGUAAUAUGAUGGUAAUCGAUGGCAAAGUACUCAAUUUAACUCCAUACAUCGUUAGACAGGUUCACAAGCUAGAUGAUGAUCCCGUCGAUAAAGCAAUUCGUAGAGUUUUAUUUUCAGAUGACACAAGCGGUGGUAAAGAUGCAACAAAGCUGUUUUACAGUACCAAAGCUCUCAAAGACGCCGUUCCAUGUCUCACUGAACGUUACCUUGCUGGUUACAUAGAUCACAUGUCCCCUGGUUGUUUCGCUUCUCAAUUAUUCCUUUACGCUGCAUUAAUCGUCAUCCUUGGUGUCGUCUUCGCACGCUUUAUCAUGGCUUGUCUUUUCAAUUGGUAUUUGGCAAAGAAAUUCACGGAACCUCCGAAGAAUAUGUCAAGAGCUGUCGUUUCUCCAUCCGUUAUGCCUUCUGGUGCUAACAUCAGCGUUAAUAAUAAGCAAGGUACUGCACCAUGGGCUUCAGAUGGUGCUGAACCAAAAUCAAGUAAAAAGGCUGCUAAAAUGGCAAAAUACCGCUCAUUAGUACCAGAUGAUCCUGUCAUCUCAGCUGCUCAAGUUGGUACAGAAUUAUUCACCUGCUGUUUAAUCACUUGUUACUCUGAAGGUUUUGAUAGUAUCGCAACAACCGUUGAAUCUAUUUCAGCUAGUGAUUACUCAGACCAACGUAAACUUAUUUUCAUAGUUGCCGAUGGUAUGAUUACUGGUCAUGGUGAAAAGAUGUCUACACCAGAUAUUUGUGUCAGUAUGAUUGAACCUGAUCCACGUUUUGGUAACCCAAUGCCAAUGGCUUACUUGGCAGUUGGUAAUGGUAGAAAGCAAGAAAACAGAGCAAUGGUUUAUGCUGGUCAUUACAAAUCAAAGAAUGGUCAUAGAACUCCUACAAUCAUUUUGGUAAAGUGUGGUACAGAGGAUGAAGCUGCCAAUGAUCCAAAACCUGGUAACAGAGGUAAAAGAGAUUCACAAAUCGUUCUUAUGAACUUCUUCUCAAGAGUUACCUACAAUGAUCGUAUGACACCAUUGGAUUAUGAUUUAUUCAGAAAGAUUCACACUUUAAUGGGCGUUACACCUGAUUACUUUGAAACUAUUUUCAUGAUUGAUGCUGACACCAAGAUUUUCCCGAAUGCACUUACAAAACUGGUUUUGUGUAUGCAACAUGAUAAUUUCAUUAUGGGUGUCUGUGGUGAAACUAGGUUAGAAAAUAAACGCGCUACAUGGGUUACUUGGAUACAGGUAUUCGAGUACUACAUUUCUCACCAUAUGGUUAAAGCGUUCGAAAGUGUAUUUGGUGGUGUUACCUGUUUACCAGGUUGUUUCUCUAUGUAUCGUAUCAAGGCUAGAAGAGAUCAAGAAGACGAUUGGGUACCACUCAUCGUUAAGCCUGAAGUAGUCGAACAAUAUAGUCAAACUGAUGUCCAAACCCUGCAUCAAAAGAAUCUACUCUUACUUGGUGAAGAUAGAUUCUUGUCUACAUUGAUGCUGAGAACAUUCCCUAACCGUAAAAUGAUGUUCUGUCCUGCUGCACGUUGUAGAACUAUUGCUCCGGAAGAGUUCAAGGUUCUUUUAUCACAACGUCGUCGUUGGAUUAACUCUACUGUUCAUAACUUAAUGGAACUUGUUUUGGUUAGAAAUCUUUGUGGUACAUUCUGUUUCUCUAUGCAAUUCGUUAUCCUUAUGGAUCUCAUUGGUACUGUCGUUCUUCCAAUUGCUAUUUUGCUUUCAUUGGCAUUGAUUAUCAACUCAAUUAUCACUCCACCAAAUAAAUUCGCUGAUGCAAUUCCACUAAUGAUGCUUUGCGCUGUCCUCGGUUUACCUGCAAUCCUCAUCCUAGUCACGACUCGCAAGAUCGUCUAUAUUGGUUGGAUGGUUAUCUACAUUAUCGCUUUACCAAUUUGGAAUUUAGUCUUACCGGUUUACUCGUUCUGGCACUUUGAUGACUUCUCUUGGGGUGAAACUCGUAAAGUUGAAGGUGAAAAGAAGAGUGUGGCACAUGAGCAUAAAGCUGAAUUAUUUACUGUCAAUGUUCCAUUACGUAGAUGGGAAGAUUGGGAACGUUCUCGUUUACGUAAAGCCAAACGUGAAGAAAAGACACGUAAAGAGUUUGAAAAGGCCUUCGGACAAAGAGGAUUCUACAACGAUCUCAGUGCACCAGAUGCAGGAUUACGUCCAGAUUCCACAGACUAUGCAGAAAGCGAUAACACAUCACUCAGUUCAUACGGUGAAGAAGACAAAUGGGGUGAAGAUAUUGGUAACUAUAAUGAGUUUAACAGUUCUGGUAAUCCACCACCUGCUUCUGCACUCACACCUGCUCAUGAUUUAUUGCUUAAGGGUGGUGGUAGAGAAUAUGAUGAAAACGCUAUGGAAGAAUUACUUAAUGAAGGAUUUGAUGAGAACAGACCACAGUCAGUUUGGUUCUUACCAUCUAGACAAUCAAUUGCAGGUAAUGCCAUACCCGCAUUCAUUCACGAGCAAGAAAAAAACGCUCGAUUGUCUAAGUUCAAAUCUACUAUAAUAGAUUCACCAAGCACAGAAACACCAGAUAGUUCAACUUACUCUGUGGCGUCACCAUUUACACCAUCAGAGUCAUUUGAACCACUUGCACAUUCAUCGGCAUUUGAAACAGCAAAUGGUCAAUCAAGGCAUAUGAGACAAAGGUCGGGAGGCCAAACCUUGGGACCAAACCAUUCAGGAGCACCUAGGGUAAGUUGGGUCGAUCUCGGACCACUGAAUGAAGGCAAGUGAUAUGGGAAAUGAUGAAAUGGAGAUAACAAAACACGAUCACUAUCACUUAAAAAAAUCGGAUAUAUAUACCUCGAAUUUUAAUUUUCUUUGCAUUUUCCUCAAUUUAUAUUUGCAUAUAUAACAAGCAAUCAACAAUCAGAACGUCGAAUAAUCUAGUCGCUCUUUUUUCUUCUCAAACGUUUAGUUUAUACUCGAUUAACACUCUCCUACAUACCACAAAAGUAGAGCUACUGACAGGCGCGGUAAUAUCAUCACGAAUUGGAUCGUUUGUAUUGCUCUUCACUUGAUUUGUUUCUCUAAAAUUUUUGGAAGUGUAUAUAAUGAAAUAGC